CAUGACAUCAUCAAAGGCAUUGGACCUUUGAUGAUGUAAGAUGAUGAAAUCUGGUCUGCAGGCUCAUAAGACCCAAGUGUUGGUUUAGUUGCAGUUUUCCUCAGAAGAUCUCUUCCUGCUAACACGACAGCACUGAUAAAAAAAAGAUUGUGGCUAAAAAAAUCAUCGGUUACCCUCUGGCCUCCCUGGUAAAAAUAGUUCCCUCUUAUCUUGAUCACCACCUGUUCAAUCGCCCGCCCUCUGGUAGACGGUACAGGUGAAUCAAGAGUUGGACAAACUAUACUUAAGAACGGUUUCUUUCCCGGGCAAUCAGAACUCUUAAUUCCACAAACUUCAAGAACAUUUGAAGAUACAAUGCCUAAAAUAAGCAGACACAAGAUCAUGCAUCAGCCCAUAAUGGAGCUGCUUCGUCCAAUCGUCCAAUUUCACCUGUUCAAGCUGGCGUCGGAUGACUGUACCAUGGUGCCAUUCGAGUGCAUUACAAAGGCCACAAAAAGCUCAUAGGUUGUGGGAGCGGCAGUGACAGUACUGGGGAGAGCAAACUGCUGGGGCUUAAGUCUAUCAUGCAGGAACAGACAUUAGAGCUACUAGCUAGAGAUGUCUUCAAUGUUCUUCAAAUAUGUAAACAAAUUAUCUCUACGCCAACCCCAAAUUGUAACAUGACUGGUCACCAAAGAUCAAAACAAAAACUGAAUGAAAAAUUGAAGACAGAGCAGGACCAGGAGCUGUCUAAGGAGGAGGUAUGGUAUGACACCUUUACUGACCUGAAAGAGGAUGAACCGGAAAAAGUUUCAUCUGGGGAAAACCUUGUGGUUACAUCCACCAACGCUGUAACGAGCAUUGAGGGGAAGGUGGCCGAUGAGGAACACAAUCUGAAUAAGCCCAGCCCCUCCAAGGAUGCAGUCAAGGCAGCUGAAGCUGAUGAAAGUGCUUGUCACAACACCGCAACUACCAGCGCUACUAAGAUUGUCUCCCAGGAAGAUGCAAUCACUGAUGAGCCCGCUAUGAAUGAAAAAGAUGAUGUAGCCGCUUGUAGGCCAACAGCAACUACCAGCGCUACUAAGAUCGUCUCCCAGGAAGAUGCAAUCACUGAUGAGCCCGCUAUGAAUGAAAAAGAUGAUGUAGCCGCUUGUAGGCCAACAGCAACUACCAGCGCUACUAAGAUCGUCUCCCAGGAAGAUGCAAUCACUGAUGAGCCUGUUACGAAUGAAAACAAUGAUGAUGAUGUAGUUGCUUUUCAGACAACUGCACACCCAGUCCAAGAGGGGGACAAACUUGGACACCUAGUGACACCAAAAAAGAGGAGCUGUGUUACCCAGUUCUUCAGAUCUGUUUUCAAGCCAUUCUCAGCCUGCCUUAGCUGUGUAUGCCUAGACUAAUCAUGGGCAACAACUAGAAGUGAAAAAGAAUUUUGAGUGUUCGGAAGACUAGGAAGGCACUGUAUGAGAACAGAACAUUUUAGCAAAUUCAUUGUGGCUGUGCAGUGAGUAAACCUCACUCCCCGACACCUUAAGAGACACACUGGCGACUGACGCUUCUGCCCAUGGGUUUUAGCCUCCUCGUCAGCGUGUCCAUCUCCCGUAUCAGAGGUCACCGGUUCGAGUCAAGACUUUGCAGUACGUUCUCGGAAGCACCUGGUUACAUUGGUGCCGUGACCUGGACGGGAGUGAGGUUUAGGGGGGUGAGUGUGACGGAAGCCAGCAAAGCUGUGCAGUGAGUAGACCUCACUCCCCGACUCCUUAAGAGACACACUG